AUGGUCGCCGAAUGGGAGGAUAUCUGUGCUGCAUGGGAGGCUGAUAAGGUUCCUAAGACGGUGCUGAACCCCUUCUGUGUUCAGAGCGAUGAUUUGACCGAGGAUGAGGUUCAUAAAGAGUUGGCCGAGGAAGAGGAGGCUCGCAGGUGCAAUGGGGGACAGGUGGUUCAUGACAUGAGUCCUUCAGCUUUUAUGGUUUUUGGUUUGGCCCUCGAGGAGUCACAGCGAAAACUAUGCUUGGAGGUUAGGAAACUGAAAGCCAAUCCGACUGCUCACCAAGACGCUCACAUUGCAGAGCAGCGAAGUCUUCUCCGGUCCAAGAUCAAAAAAUUCGAAGAGUUGCAUGCCACAUACAUGCCUGGGCUCCUGCAGUUUAUUACCGAGACUCAGGAGGUGGAUUAUUUGUCAACUGGGGCAUUAGCGGAGGAGGUGAGACUAUGGCUACCCUCCUGCAUACCAGUGGAUCACAGGAGCCAGGUAUGUGAGGCCUCUUUAUCGGAAAUGGAGGAGCAUCUAUGCACAGUGCAAUGCCAUGACUCAUUAGGUUCGAUUCGCCACAUCUUGCGCUUGAAAAUGCGGAUGGUCGAGUACAAGAACAAGAACGUACGAGGUCAGCGGGACGGAACACGUUCAUGGAUGGGCAUCGAUGCCAUUCAUGAAUGGGCACUAGCAGCAGCAAUCAAGUACCAUAUGGCAAGGGAGGCAAAAAUGAAGCUGAGUGGCCUGGGGGAUUGGGAGGAGGGGCUUCAUAAGCUUGAAGAUGGCGAUAUCUGUUCCUAUCAAGAUCCAGAUUGUCUCCAUAAAGGAACAGGUCGCCGAGGAACGAAUGAAGAUAGCUGGGAGCCAGGAUUGGUUCCCAAACUUCCUGAACCCGGCAUCGAUCUGUAUCAAGAUAGUCGAGAAAAACGCGAUGGGACUGGCCAAACCUGGCGUACUCUUUCUUGGAUUUGGACAAUGACGAAGAUCAACCUAGUGGAUGGGGCUGAUGAAAAUGACGAUGAAGUGCUACAUUUGGAAUGGUGUUGCAGUCGUGCAAGAGCACAUUGGGCACGUGAGGAAGUUUUGCUCCUCUGGGAGGAAAUGCGCAGAACCUUGAGGUUCUUGGAAUGGCGAGAGGAGUGGUGGAUGCAACGGUGGGAUGCGCGUGAGUUAGGCGGUGCACUGCACGAAGCAGUGGAUGCCUAUGCUCUCAAACAAAGCGACAUACAGCAUCAGCUGGCAGUCAAGUUUCGGGAUCUCUGGUUGACAGCUCUAGACGAUGGACGAAUGGAGAAUGCACCGCGUCCCGAACUGCAUCCCAGCAAUGAUGAUGAUGCCAGCAGCGAUGGUGAUAGGGAUGAACAAAACAUCGGGAUUUGGAGUGAUGAGGAGGAGGUGGAGCUGGAUGAGGAGGAUUAUGCGGAUCUCUGA